ACAAUGCUUCAUCCUCCGCCACCCGAAGCACCCUGGCGGUUACUACACGAUCUACACGCGCCCUCUUACGGCCAAAGUCUGGUACUGCAUUCUGGCGAUGCUCAUAUUCUCUGGAGUCAUCCUAUGUCUGAUGCUGAAGACGAAAGUAACGCAGUCCCACGAAAAAAGCACGGACUCAUCAUUCAGUUUGGCUUUGCUUUUUGCGUGGAGUGCUAUUUGCCAACAAGGGAUGACAGUAAACAGAAGUUCCACAUCGGUGAAGAUAGUGGUGAUCGUAACGUUUGUGUACGCCGUGACGUUGUACCAGUACUACAACGCGACAGUGGUGUCCACGCUGCUUCGGGAGCCGCCUAAGAACAUCAGGACCCUGGAGGAUUUACUGCAGAGUAACCUGAAGGCUGGCGCCGAAAACGUUCUGUAUACUAAGGAUUACUUUAAGCGUACGACGGAUCCUGUAGCCCUAAGAAUGUACCACAAGAAGAUUGCUCCGAAGCACCAGUACAACUUCUACUCGCCCGAAUACGGCAUGAGCCUGGUGAAGCAAGGAGGCUUCGCGUUCCACGUUGAUAGCGUGGUGGCGUACAGGAUCAUGAGAAAAACCUUCACGGAGAGGGAGAUCUGUGAGGCUCAUGAGGUGUUAUUGUACCCUCCGCAGAAAAUGGGCAUGGUCGUUAGGAAGGCGUCGCCUUAUAAGGAACAUUUCACUUACGGAAUCCGCAAGAUCUACGAAGCAGGCCUGAUGGACCGGCUCCAGAGCGUGUGGGACGAACCGAAGCCUUCCUGCGUGCAUACGCCCGAUAGCAGCGUGUUUUCCGUCUCCAUUGUGGAGUUCUCAACGGCUCUCCUCGCGCUAGUGGCGGGAAACGUCGCGGCCAUCUUGGUUUUGUUCGCCGAGAUAGUGUUGCAUAGAUGCGAGAUGAAGAAACGCAUAGCGUUUACACAUUAGGUUAACCCGUUAAAGCGCGCAUAACAUUUAAAAUUUUCAUUGUUUUUCGAACUUAUAAUAUUCACUACACUUAUUAUUCACUAAUAAUAAGGUUCAAAUUAUGGUGGCAAUGUAUUGGACAGAGCACUUUGAGCUUUCAUUUUCAACCAUUUUCAAACUGGUCGCGUCAUGUGUGGUCUCUCAACGGAAUCUAUGGCAGAAACUUAGA